GAAACAAACUCACUUUCGCCCUGACACAGAGCCAGGCAAACAUGUUAACAAAAUUCGAAAGCAACUCGUAAAUUCUAGUUUCUUUUCUUUUCGGGGAAUCUGUUUAUAUAUCUAAAUUCGUAGGCAGGGAUGGCCAAGAAGGGUGGAGCGCAACAGCUGCAGGCUGAUCUGCAAACCGACGAGGAUCUCGAGCGUUUUAUCGAGCGUCCGGGAUUGCUGGUGCUGGACAUCUACUCGGAUUGGUGCGGACCCUGCUUGGGGCUGGUCGGCUCCCUGCGUAAGAUGAAGCUGGAGAUGGGCGGCGACAACAUGCAGCUGGCCAUUUGCAAGUCGGACACCAUCACGGCCCUGAAGCGGUUCAACAAAAAGAGUGAGCCCACCUGGCUGUUUGUGACCGGAGGCAAAGCUGUCAACAUCAUGUUCGGCUCUGACGUGCCCAAGCUGGUCGCCAUGGUAACCAAAGAGCUGGAGAAGUUGAUCCAGAAGACACCGCGCACCUACUACAGGCUCGACGAGCUCCAGCCGAUCGAGGUGGAGCAGCAGCGCCUCAAGAAGGAGGCCAUCGAGCGGGCGGAGCGCGCAGAGUGGGAGAUCAGGCACAAGAAGCAGGUGGACUACCUGACCGUGGUAACGGACUCCAUCAUGGAGAACAUGCCGGACAUCGGUGUGACGGUGUUCGGGCCGCAGGUCAAUCGCGACAUGUUCAAGAAGCUCACCGAGCCGGCCGAGGCGCUUAAGAUGCAGUGCAAGGAGCGCAAGGUCGUCCAGGUGACCACCGAUCAGUUCGAGGUGGUGAACUUCGCCUGCAAGAACCCCAUGUCGCCGGACGUCAUCGAACAGCUGGACCAGAAGGAGCUGCUCAUCUGCUUCUGGAAGAUCGACGAGAGCAUUGGCACCGUGCCGAAUGUCCUGAUGACAUAUGCCCACGAGCUGACCCGAGAGCGGGAGGAGGAGGCUGACGAUUUUCACGAGGAGCGCGUCCUGCCGCCCAUCAUUACCACCAUGAAGAUCAAGGUCGAGGUGGAGCUGAAGGAGGGCGAGGUGUGGGUCGAGGAGGUAAGCUCCGAGGAGGAACAAAAGGUGGCCAAGAGCAAGGCCAAGCCCAGGGGCAAAUCGGUGAUGCUGGAGGAGCUCCAUGCCGAGGACGAUGAAGCAAUUGCCGCCGAGGAGGAGGAGGAAGCCAGCGAGGAGGAGGUGACCGAGCCGGGCGGCGAUCCCAUGGCUGGCUUUCCAAGUAUGCCGGACUUUGACAUGGAUCUGGACGGUGCCGAGGAGGCCGUCGCUGAGGACGAGGAGAAGAUGGCGGAGGCCAAGGAGGAGGAGGAAGCCAAGCCGCCCACGCGCAUCAAGACGGUGAAGAUGCCGCCAAUCUGGGUGCCCAACAACCGUCGCACCCACGCCGCCCUUAUCUACGUCUUCUUCCGCGGCCAAACAACUGGCUUCCUGCCACCGGAUCCCAAGCCGGAGCAGCCGCACAUCAUCAUGGCCUUCGAUGCUUCCAAGCGCAAGGAGAUUCUGAACGUGGUCGAGCGCCACAAGGACGAGGUGCCACUCUACGGCUACUUUUCCAGCGCGGAUCCCGAGGAUACGGAGCUGAUAGCCAACUCCACAGAGAAAUACGAGGCCGGACCGCACAUGGACUCCGACAAGAUCGUCCUGAAGGUCAACAAGGUGCAGUCUUACAUGAUGCUAUCGCUGGUGUACUACGGCCCCAGUUACGUGAGUCCCAAUGUCACCGUCGGCAAGGACGAGGCCCUCAAGUUCUUCCCCGAGGACUACAAGCCCCAGGAGGAGGAGGUCGUGGCCGAGCCGGAGAAGAAGAAGAAGAAGGGGAAGAAGGGCGACCAGCGCGAUACAUUGGAUCCCGAGGCAGUCGCAGCGGCAGCAUCAGCAGCGGCGGCUGCAGCAGAAUCAACGGGCUCCGUCAUGGAAGCGGCGGGCGGCGCACCGGAAGGUGGAGAAGCUGCGCCAGCCGAAGGAGAAGAAGGUGCUGCAGCUCCUGCGGCACCUAUGGCCGAAGGAGAGGUACCACCAGCCGUGGAGGGAGAAGCACCGGAAGCAGCAGCUCCGCAAGCUGCCGGAGAGCCAGAAGUGGCGGCCGAAGCAGUUCCCCCAGAGGCAGCGUCAGAAGCGGCGCCACCAGCUCCUACGGAGGCGAUACCGCCACCGCCAGAAGCCGAGGCCGAGGCCCCAGCACCAGCUCCAGCUCCAGCGCCAGCCGAAGCCCCAGCCGAAGCUCCCCCAGCGGAAGCACCCGCCGAAGCCCCAGCAGAAGCUGCGCCGGCAGCCGAAUAGAUUGUGCACAGCUGUCCUGCAGCAUUAUUAACAAGGUUUUUCUUCUUUUUUUUUUUGUAAAAAAUUAAAAAAAAACAUUCUUUUUGUCAA